AUGAGUACCGACUACGCGUACGACGAGGAGGGCUAUCUCUGGCCCUUCUUCGUUUUCACCCUCGCCCUCAUCAUCACCGUCCCCCUCACAUACUUCCUAGUGAAGCGGUCGCGAGACCCAGCAGCGUCUUUCUCGCGCAUCCAGACGAGCUUUAAACAUGACCACUCAGCCACGGUCGACGCCUUGCGCAAGAAGGAGAAGCGCAAGGACAGGAAACUCUGGUUGACCUUUGCCGUCGUCACGGGCUGGGCUGUCAUGGGCUACAUGCUCUACCUCAUCCAGACGACCGAGGCGCCGGUACACAAGCUCUGGAACCCGUACGAUAUCCUCAACAUCCCCGAGUCGGCCACCGAGAAGCAGAUCAAGAGCACAUACAAGAGGCUAUCGCUUCGGCUGCACCCCGACAAGGCGAAGCCGGACCCGGCCAAGAACGAGACGAUCGAAGACCUCACCGCCCGCUACGUCGAGAUCUCCAAGGCGUACCAGGCGCUGACGGACGAGGACAUCCGCAACAACUACAUCCAGUACGGCAAUCCCGACGGGAAGCAAGGCUACAGCAUCAACAUUGCGCUGCCGAAGGUCAUCGUGUCGGACGGCAAUGGCAAGUACGUCGUGCUCCUCUACUCGGCGCUCUUCGGCGUCCUCCUGCCCUACCUCGUCGGCUCCUGGUGGUACGGCACCCUCAGGCGCUCCAAGGAGGGCGUCCUCAUGGAGAGUGCCAACAGGAUCUUCCGCGAAUACAAGGACGGCAUCGACGAGGGCGGCGCCGUGACCGCGCUCAGCACUGGUAAGGAGUACGAGGAACUCUUGAAGGGAGACAAGGCGGACUCGGGUCUUUCCAAGGUGGAGUCCAGGGUUCUUGCCGAGGGUGAGCUCUCCCCUCUGGCUGGCGGCCUGUCUGUUAAGGACAAGGAGAAGCUCGAGGAUCUGGGAGAGCGGCCCGCAAAGGAAGGCAUUGGCGCUGCUGCCAAGUUUGCCGUUGCCCCGAUCGCGCACUCCCUCAACAAGGCCCUCAACGCUAUCGCCCUUGCCUACAUGAACACCGGUCCGCUCCUCGCCUCUUACUACACCAGCCAGCUCCUGAUCCAAGCCCUCCCUCCCAAGUCGUCGCCCCUCCUCCAGCUGCCCUACUUCACCCCCGGCCGUCGUCAAAGCCGCCGAGGGCGACUCGCCUUGGUGGUAGGCAAGAACCUCCUUACCGAAGAGCAAUACCGGGAAGCCGUCAGCGUCGCCAAGCAGCUCCCCUACCUACGUGUCGCCAAGGCCUACUUCAAGGUCACCGGCGAGCGCUUCAUCAUCCCGUCCUCCCUCGUCACCCUUGUCGUCAAGGGCCGUUUCGUGCCCCCUGGCAGCGAGAAGGUCCCCGAAAUCAACCCCGCCGAGUUGGAAGAUGUCGACCCGGCGGAAGACGACCUGGAUGCCAUCUCGGGCCGCAAGACCCAGAAGCUCGUCGGCAAGGACGAGAAGACAGGCAAGCCCAUCUACGAGUCGGCCGAGGCCGAGCUGAUCGCCGCGCCCCUCGCCGCCGCCCCUUACUUUGCGCGCGACCACAGCCCCAGGUGGCACGUGUUCCUGACCGACUCCAAGCAAGGCCGCGUCGCGGUCCCGCCCUUCACUUUUGCGCAGUUCGACUGCCCCAUUUUCGAGGCCGACGGAAAGACCCCCACGUUCGCCAUGCAGACGCUCAAGGCCCAGUUCCAGGCGCCGCCCCAGGCCCGGCCACUACACCUUUGUCAUGCACGUUGUGUCAAGGCGGCCGAGAUGGAAGUCGAGGACGAGAUUAGUGAACCGGAAGAGGAUUCUAUCGCGGGCAUUAUGCACGCCGCUAAGGGCGGCGAGCCGAAGAGGAGGAAACAGCCCAAGAAGGUGGAGGAGUCAGACUCGGACGAGGAGAGCGGGACUGAGGAGGAGGAAGAUGAUACCAGCGCCACAAAUACGGAUACCGAGCCGGAGGAUUAG